AUGGUUCAUGUCGAAGAAAGCUUGCAGAUACCCCGGGACUUUGAGGGCGCAUCCGGGGGCUACAAAGAAGGCGCCAGGUACCUCAAUGCUGAGCAAGACUUUGAGUAUGGCAGUCGCUCAGCCUCUUGGCGUCUUAUCCGUCUUUUCAAAGAGUUUGGCUGGAGCUUCACUACUUACGCUGUAGCGCACGCGCUCAAGCGCAACCCAACCUUUGCAAAGGCGCUGGUCCGAGACGGGCACGAAAUCGCUUGUCACGGACUCAGAUGGCUGGACAUCUGGAACUAUUCACUCGAGGAGGACAAGGAAUACAUCAAACAGAACAUCCUGAUGCUGAAGGAAGUAUCAGGUGAGAUGCCCGUUGGCGCUUACUUUGGCCGUGGUACACCCAAUACCCCCUCACUAUUCCCGGAAGUAUGGAAGAGUCUUGGAGGAGAGUUUCUCUGGUCUUCUGAAUGCUACAACGAUGAUGUUCCUUACUGGCUCGACUUGCCAUGGGAGAAGGAGUCGCCAGAGGAGAAGCGAGAAGGCAUGCUGCUUAUCCCUUACAAUUAUGAUUGCAACGAUGGAAAAUUUCACAUGUCGCCCGGCUUUGGCAGCUCUGUUGCGGAGACGUAUGAGCAGUAUUUGAAGAACACCUUUGAUUGCUUGUACAGAGAGGGCGGCAAGCUGAUGAACAUUCCAUUGCAUACACGUAUCAUUGGCAAACCAGGCAGAUCGGAGGCUUUGAGGAAGUUCAUGAAGUACAUUGCGGAAAAAGAGGGAAAUCGGAUGUUGUCCGAAGAGACUAGCCCUGCACGGAUUAGUCCCAACAAUCAACUGCGCUCAGGCGGCAUCGGCAAAUUUCAGGAGGAUCCGAGAAAACUCGGUAUCACCGCCCCUGGCCACGCCCGGGGCUGUAGCUGUGAACCCCCGGAAGAGGGGCAGGACUGCAUGUACGAGAUGCAAAAGUCAUACACACGAGCUCUCGAAGAGCGAGUAGCUUUCUUGGAGAACAAGCUAGCCCAAGUCCCUACCCCAGAAGCAACAACAACUCCAAGGGAAACCGCAAGCAACUACUCGGUUCCGUCGGGUAGAGACAAAAAUGCCCUCAGUGACGUUGUAGCACACGUCUCGCUAGGAAACCUCGAGGCGCCGGCUUAUGUUGGACCCUCGUCUGGACUAUCCCUAGCCCUGAAUCUUGGCGAGAUGGUUCAAGCGACUGUCUGGAAUAAGAUGUUGCCAGACAUACAGGAUGGCACUACAGGCAAUCAAGCUAACUGCAUCAAUCCCAGUCCGAGAUGCAUCACAGUGGAAGAUCUUUUGGCUCAUAGUGUCAAGGAACCUCCAAGUGAUGAGCAGGGUUCUCAAAUGCUCAAAGCGUACACGUCUCAGCUGCACUCCAAGUACCCUUUCCUGGAGCCUGAGGAGUUGUGGAAGUUGCAUAGCGAGAGAAUGACUCUGGCUGCUAAACCAACACAAACUCUUACAAGGAUCGAACGCUUCGGUAUCUUCAAGUUAACCAUAGCAGUGUCGCUGGGUCGGCCUUUAAGCAUCGCAGAUAAUCAGAUCGACGUUGAGCUUCCGAAUGCCAUCAUCAACGGGAGCCCAUCUACUUCGGUCCUUGUCGGGAACGACAUCACUCUGGCACUUGUUCUUUUCAAGCUUCGCAGGAUUGAGUCCAAAAUUCAUCACUCGGUCUAUCGUACGGACAAGACUUUGGACGCACUCCGGCCCAAACUAGACCGGCUGCAUCAGCAACUCAAAUUCUGGCGGGACUCUCUGAGGGAUUGGAUUCCUGCAGGUCAUCCAGAUCUGAACUAUGCGCUUCUGCUCUAUAAUCGUGCGCUCCGUCUUCUGAUACAGCCGUUUUUGCCGGUAUUACCAGCAACAGACCCGUUCUACGGACUGUGCAUGCGAGCCGCAGGUGACAUAUGCCAAGCACAUAAGAGAUUGCAUCAGACGCUAGACUACGGCCACAGCUUCAUCGCAGUCCAAACAGUCUUUGUUGCAGGAGUCACCCUCGUGUAUGGAAUCUGGACCCAGGGUAAUGCCCUUUGGUCGGUGGCUGUGUCAAACGAUAUCAGAGCUUGCUCCCUAGUGCUCUUCGUCAUGAGCGAGAGGGCUCCCUGGGUACGUAAGUACCGAGACGCAUUUGAGGUGCUUGUCAAUGCAGCCAUGGAAAAGCUUCAGGACAACGAGGCUGGCCUUGCUGAGAUGGCCUCGGCCCAAAUGAGAGCCGGCAAAGCACCGGGUGCGGCUGAUAGCCGUGGAGUACAAAAUCCUGACCUCAGUGGGAAUGAGACCACAACGCGUCCGAUUGAUAGCACUUAUAAUCAAUUCUUGAUGUCUGAAGACGGUGGAAUAGCGCUUGGGGAGUUUGAGGGCGCUUGGCCGAUGGUUGCGGAGCUUGCAAAUUGGAUCGAUCAGGACACAGAAGGUGCAAGUCCUGUCUGGAUGCCGAAUUUUGAGUUACUACAGAGUCUUUCAGGCACUUGGAACGAAUAG